GCCGGUGCAGGUUCGGUUUUGGUGAUUCGAGUGAGGAUUCAAAGAGUUUUUAUUUAUUUUUUUCGUUUUUUUCAUUCUUACGCGCACAGCUAGACGAUUCGAGAGAUUUUUAAUUUGUGACUUGUGCGAGAGAUGACCACAGCAAUGAAGCUUAGAGUUGCUUUUGUAGUGUUGGCGGGGCUCUCGAUCUGCGCUCCCCAAGUGAGCGCCAGGCCGCAGUUCUCGUUCAACCCCCAGCGCCAACAGCAGCAGCCCCGGCCCAUCCCGGCGUACAACCCCGGCGUGGUCCAGCCCAACAGCUACUACGGCCGGCCCGUCGCCAUUCUGCGCCAAAACCACGUCCAGGACAUCGAUGGCUCCUACGAUUUCAGCUACGACACCGAGAACGGGAUCUCCGUGGCAGAGCAGGGCAGACCAGUGGGCAAAGGCGGCCUCGGCGCCGUCGAGACGGUGCAGGGCCAGUACAGCUACACCGCACCGGACGGCCAGGCCAUAGUCGUGCGCUACGUGGCCGACGAGAACGGCUUCAAGGCAGAAGGGAACGCCCUGCCCACUCCGCCCCCGAUUCCGCCUGCGAUCCAAAGGGCGCUCGCCUACAAUUUGGCCCACCCGGAGGAGGACAACGGCGACUACUCCCCCGGCAGCUUACAGCUCAAUUACAGGCCCAACAGGUACAACCAGUAGGACUCGUCAACUACUUUCCACGACAUGGAUAUUACUUAUUACUCACAAUAUGUAUAAAUAAUAUAUCAUAUCAUACGUA